UGCCUUUAAUCCGGUUCACAAAUCUUCCAGGAGAAAAAAAUGGCCAUUUAUUCUUGGCAUAGUCAUCACCCUGCUGGUCGUUGCUGGGGUCAUAGCUGCGGUGCUUUGGUUUUAUGGUCUGUUUGAUUGUUUGCUAGGACGUCGCUGUCAAACAAAUAUGGAUAACAAAUGUGUCAGCCUUUCGCAGUGGUGUGAUGGCAUGGAGAACUGUACAUGGGGAGAUGAUGAAAUUCGUCUGUUUAGAUCUAAUUUCCUUCUUCAGAUGUAUUCAAAUGUUACCCGAAAAUGGGAGAAUGUGUGUUCAGAUGGAUGGAAUGACAGCCUCGGAAAGCAAGCGUGUGAGAAGAUGGGAUACGAGAGGAACACUUAUGUGGGUUACGAGGAGAUUGACUACAUACUGGCGAAGACCGAUUCUCUCAGCUCUUCCAAUCUGACAGGUUUUCUCAGUAAAACUUCAGAUUGUCCAUCUAACAAAGCAGUGGCACUCAAAUGUAUAGAUUGUGGACGGAACAUCGGGACCCGAAUCGUGGGAGGAACCACGGUGACCUCUAAGGGGGUGUGGCCAUGGCAGGUCAGCCUGCACAUUUCUGGAGUGCAUUUGUGUGGCGGGUCUGUCAUUACACCUUACUGGAUCAUCACUGCGGCUCACUGUGUGCAUGAGAAAUCAGAUGCAAGGGUCUGGACUGUGUAUGCUGGAUAUCUGACUCUUCCUGAGAUGCUGUCGGCCACCGGCCGUUCUGUAAGCAGAAUUGUCAUGCACAACUUUGACCCGGUAACCAAUGAGAAUGACAUUGCCCUGAUGAAGCUAAGCAGUCCACUCACGAUUACAUUGAACGUCAGGCCAGUGUGUCUGCCCAAUAAAGGCAUGUACUUCACUGCUCCACGGGAUUGUUAUGUCACUGGAUGGGGGUCACUGUUUAGUGGAGGAUCUUCCUCACAAACCCUACAAGAAGCCAAAAUCCAGCUAAUCGACAGAACGACUUGCAACAGCCGACUGGUAUAUGAUGGACAAAUCACAGACACCAUGAUCUGUUCUGGCAAGCUGGAGGGUGGUGUGGACUCCUGUCAGGGGGACAGUGGGGGUCCUCUGGUCACAAAAGAGAAUUCUCUAUGGUGGCUGGUUGGGGACACUAGCUGGGGUGAUGGAUGUGCUUUCAGAAACAAGCCCGGAGUCUACGGAAAUGUAACCUACUUCCUUUACUGGAUACAUGAACAAAUGCGGAAAUAUUAACUUUUUAAUAUAAGGUUUUUUGAGAAGAGCAACUGAUCCAAAUCGAUGAAACUGUGACAGUGUCCAUUUAUUUUUUUGCUUUCAUAUAAAUGUUUUCACAUAAAUCUAAAAUAACCACUUAUUUAUUUUCACCAGUGUUAGUAAUGAAGUGAAUUGCACAUUAUGCUACAAUAUGCACUUUUCUGUCUUUUUUGUAGUAUGUUUUGUAUAGAGCACAACUGUACAAUUGAUUUUAUAUAUAAAAAAAAAAAGAAAAGAAAACUACCUGACAAUCUCAUACCACUGACAUGUUUCUGUUCUCUUGCUGGAUUUGCCACCGCUGCAACUCACAUUUGCAUUAUUACAGCAUUUGAUAACGCUGUUAAUGUCAAUGAAACUCCUCAGAACUGCGGACAGACACGGUCAUGGAUAAAAUCAAGACUUUAUGUUACAAUUUAUAUGAAUGUCUGACUGAACACUACUUCUUGUUUCUCUAUGUUUAAUUGCCUUUUUGCCUUUUCAUUAAAUGAAUUUUUAUAAAUA